AUGCUGGAGCAGAAUCCACUGAUAUUCCAGAGUGAAUAUGUUCUUCAUAUCAGUACGCAAACUGAUCGUGUUAGUUUAUUAUCUGGAGAUGAAGCUGACAGAGCAAUUGAAGAAAGUGGUCAGGAAGAAGAUUAUAGUAGUAAAUCUGAAAACUUCUACUCAGAGGCUGAUUCGUCAUUGGAUGACGCUAAUGAUAAUAAUUAUGUGAAAGAGAAUCAGUCAGCAGUACACAGAUUUGAUUAUAGGCGCCAUGUACAAGGUGAACAAAUACAUGAAAAUCAAAAUCUGACAGAAUCAAGAAUAUCAUCGUCACUUUAG